AUUUUCUUCAGCUUUCUUUCUCCAUCCAUCCCAGCUCCUGCAGGGAAGGAAUCGAUUCCAGCCUCUGUGUUGUCGGCAAUGUCUGCUUCUUCCCCACGCUAACUGUCGGCCGGCUACCACCAUUGUUCCUCUCCCUUAUCCACCCCAAAGGCCCAAACCCAAAGCAUCUAUAAAGUUCAUCAGCUAAUUCCUCCAUUUGGGCACCCCAAGGAUAUCAUCAAACACAGAACACUACACUCUCGUCCAACCUUCUUCUGAUGGAGAAAGGCGCUGCCGGCGGCGAUCCGGCGAGGGCGGCGGUGGGCGUGUGCGAGAAGCUCCUGACCUUCUUCUCCAAGAACCUGUCGAUGACCAGGCAGAAGGCCAUCACCGACGGGCCGAGAACCGGCGCCGGCAGCGACAAUCGAGACAAGGAUCGUUCCAAGGAAGACGAAGAGGACGAGUUCAUGGUGAAGAUCGAGAGGGCCGAGUUCGAGUUCCGGGAAGAAGAAGAGGAACAGAAAAAGAGCUUCACCACUGCCACCAUUCUUGGAGGACCAAGUACUGAUCUGAGGAGCUCUGCAGGAGCAAGCGAUCUUCAGCAGCAGCCAAAGGAGGCGCCAUUGAAAGCUGCCCAGGAGGUGGCGGCGGUGGCGGCGGCGGGGCAGGGGGAGAAGAAGGUGAAGAAGACGGUGACGAUCAAGGAGGAGGCGAGCGAGACGAAGGGGGUGAAGAAGGCGGCGUCGGUCGUGAAGAAGAGGGAGAGGCAGGCGUCGUCGUCGUCGGCGGCGGGGGACCAGCAGCAGCAGGGGGAGGAGGGGAAGGCGCCGGCGCAGAGGUGGGGGCUGCGGCCGAGGAUGGCGUCGGGGCUGCGGGUGGCGUCCAACAUCAAUCAGAAGUCCACCGACUUCAUCGAGCAGCGCAGGAGGGGAUUCGGCGCCGGCGGCAAGUCUAGCCGGAGAAAUGACGAGUCCUAAUCGGGAUUCAGAAUUCUCCAGAUGGAUGAUGUUGUUGUUUCUCUCCCUCCCUUCCUUCGUGGCCCAUCCCAACUCGUGUACCGCUUCUAUCUCUGUCCCGAAACACGAGGCAUGUUAAUUUCUGUUCCUGACAGUGGCUUUGACAAAAAAUAUAUAUAAUUCAUGUGACAUAUGCAAAAUAACUCAUGAUUAAGGUUU